CCCGCCAUCGAGCAGCUAGCAGCUGUGCGAGCGUUACAUGCUACCGCUGCAUGGCGAUUUCGCUGCUUGCCUGCAACGUCUCGUCCAUCACAAGACUCACGUCUGGCUCCUCGAGACAUUCACGUCGACGGCCACCAGAUUUGCAUCCAGCUCGGAAGCGUUUGAUUGCGUACACAGGGCUCACCGCUCGCAUCCAUUUUCCAGAACAAUCAUCCGCACUUGCGCAAGCUCGUCGUCGCCUCACUCGACAGGCGAGACCUAGCUGUGUUUUGUCUCACUUUGCUGUGCUGCAGCUAGCAAGUGCAAGCCUGCAAGCCACUCCCCUCCCACGACGAGUCAGGACAAUACACCUACUAGGAGGCACGUCGACCUGGCGGGCACUUCCAGUACUCUUGCAUCCAGCAGUCGUAGGAAGCAAUCCAAGGGGUAAACAGUCGCCCAGACCCUCCGCCUCUUUUGCACCACUCCACAUCGACCAACACCUCGUCAAGAUGGCAUUUCUUCCAGACUCGACGGCGCAUCCACCUGCCGCAUCUCAGGUCCUGCCCCCUUUCGCCGCCUCAGCAUCCGGUCUGCAAUCUCUUGGAUCUCAGGGUCGGCUUUCUGGCUUUGCGCGCUCCGACUCGGUAGCUAGCGUAGCUAGUCAAAGCUCCGAUGCGGGCGCUAGAGGCAGUCACAAGCUCAGCGCAAGGGUUCCCCCUCACGUCGAGAAUCGCUUGGAGUACUUGGGAAUGGAGAAGCGAAGCUAUGUCGCUAGGGGAUAUCGCUCUCCAGCAACUUCCAUUCCCGAGCCGAAACACGACAACGGCGUCUGGCCCUUGGGAGCUGGGCCUCCACCAGAAAUGAGCGAGAAGCAAUCUCGAUUCGAAGCAGCUUUGGCAGCGCGCACGCUAGGGGUCGGGCUCCACUCUGGAUCGCACGCCAAUCCUCGUCAAGCACUGAACGAAGGUAGCUCGCAGAAGAAGCUGGGCAAAAGGACGGCAGCUUGGAGCAGGACUGCUACAGCUCCUGCUCGCGAAUUGCUGCCUUAUGGAGGCUUUGAACGAGCGAGCAGCUUUAGCAGCGUCGCUACUGCUUCGCCGGCUAAUCACGCAGCCGGAGACGAGUGGCCGUCGGACAAUGCGCUCCAACCUGUGCAGCUCACACACGCUGGUGGACGCAACGCCGUUCUCGAGAUGGCUUUUGCAGAGGAGGAAGAGUACGGUGUGCCACCUCUUUCUCCCAUUUCUUCCAACUCGGAGGGAGAAGCGAGCCCAUCGACGUCUCCUGAAGAGUCUCUCCCCAGCUCAUUUGUUCACAAGCCAUCGCCAUUAGGAGGACUUGGCGCAUCGACUGCUUUGCAAGGGCGCAAAAGUGGAUUGGGAACGAGGGCCAAUGGCUUGAAUCGCGCUGCUGCACAGACCAUGCCAGUGCAAAAGUCGGAGCCUUGGACCCAGUGGAAUUUUAGCGAGGCGGCAAGGAACGACACUGGCUUCUGAAGCGUUGUGCAUGUUCAAGACGUUCAUAGCUGGAUGCUCCUGCGCCCACAGCCUUUCGUGUUCUGCCAGCGUUCGCUACAUCAGACGAGACAAACUCGCAGCGCCAACUCUUCUCGUUGGCUCAUACGUGACAUGGUCCGAUUUGAGGAGAAUCUUCAUUCAAGAUUGUGUUCAAUUGAUUUCACUCCACGCAAGCAUGACGCACAACACUUCGUUCCCAUACCUACACGACCACCAGAUUGAUACACAUGUUCCACAAUUUCUCGCUCGCCCCACGCACCGACUCGAGUGGCCAUGUCGCCACAUUUUCCAACAAAUCAUGCGCGUCCUAGUGAU